AUAACCGGACUGCCAACAUUCAUCGCAGCAAUCACGAAUAUUACAAGAAAACACGUACACUGUAUACUGCUAGAGCAUCCAGCGUUGCGACUGCGCGCUUCAAUCUUGACAUGGCGACCCCUCGCCUGUCGUUCCUCUAUCCUAAUUUUCUUCGCGCGGUGCGUGCCUGCGAGCCGACGACGUAUCAAUCCCUACGAUUCCCUCCUCCUUCCAAGUACAAUCGCAAGGCGAAAUUACAUACUUCUGCACAACGACGACAAGACGCAAUUCCACAGAGAUAUGGACCGGCAGCAGGCUCAGGGUUACCACCUCCACCUAAACCAGAAGAGCCAUUGACGCCGAAGGAAGACACACAACCACCGAAGGAGGCAGCCCCAAAACCACCCCACCAUGAAACAAGUCACACAGAGGCAGAUACCGGACAAGAUGAGCCGCAAGAAUCGAAUACGACGUCGGACUACGUUGAUGAAGCCUCAAUGACCAAGACGCUUGGACAGAUCAAGCCAGACGAGCAGGAUAAACUUGAAAACAAGGAGCUGGACAUGGUGCUGUCCAUUCCCUCCCCGUCCGAAGUCAAGGGCAAAGACUCCCCCGUUCAUCCGCAUCUUGAGGCGCCUCCUUAUGAACAUCAUUUCGAUACAUAUGGAUUGGUACAGCAACUGGCCGCCAAAGACGCAUAUACUGUCACACAAGCAGAGAGGUUGAUGAAAGCUAUCCGCCUCAUGUUGUCAUUGAACCUAGAUGUCGCAAAAGAAGGACUUGUCUCCAAAUCAGACAUCGAAAAUGAAUCGUACCUCUUCCGUGCAGCGUGUUCGGAAUUGAAAACCACGCUCCAAGCGACUCGGCAUUCGGAGACGCUGAAGCAACGCAGUCAAAGGGCACAACUGCAGCACGAAUUUGACAUCCUCAAUCAAAAAGUGACGCAAGAUCUCUUGACGCUUAAGGAGGAACUCAAGGGUUUCUUCAACGACCGAAAGUUGAUGCUGCAAGAAGAUAAACGCAAGAUUGACGGAAAGAUCUCCGAGUUGAACUAUGAAAUCACGGUGCUAUUGAACAGUGACUCCAAGAGUGAUGUUGAAGGUUUGAGAUGGGUGUUGACCCGUCGGGCGGCUCUGGCUAUAGGAGCCUGUGCAUUCAUGAUUAUAUCGGCCUUGAAUUACUCGUCUAUCAAGACACGUGAGAAGGAGGAAGCCGCGAAGAAACGAAGGGCCUUGCAAAAGGCACAGGACGAACAGCGCGCACGAGAGCAGGCGCGGUAUACCACGCCCAGUCGGUCUUCGGGCACACAGACUGAUGAGAGGACGCUAGGAGAAUCUCUUGGUUGAGAGGCUCAUGCAUGGAAAAGGCUAGCAGGCUCUGCCUAGUGGCCACGACCCUUGUAUAUGGGGCAUCAUUAUAGAUUAGAUAUACAACUACAAUGCCAAAAGAGUGCUGUGGUUCGGAUCAUUAUAU